AUGUCAUUAAAUUAUCUUUUUCAUUCCUCCUUUUAUAUUCUUUCUUUUCUUUCUUUUUCAAUGCAAUCAACAUUCACUUUUUCUUCAUUUUACUCGCUUUCUUUCUAUUUUUUAUUUACCCUUUCUUUCACCCAUCUCUCUUUCUUUCUUUCUUUUUUCUUUCUUUCUUUCUUUCUUUCUUUCUUACAUCCAUUUCUAUCUUUCUUUCUUUCUUUCUUUCUUUUUUCUUUCUUUCAACUAUCUCUUUCUUUCACCUAUAUCUUCUCUUCUUUCUUACGCUCUUUUUUCUUAUUCUCUCUUUCUUUAUUUUUUCUUUCUCAUUUUUCUUUCUUUCAUUUUCUUACUCUCUCUUUCUUUAUUUCUUUCUUUCUUAUUCCUUCGUUCUUUUUUUCUUUCUUUCUUCCUAAUGCUUUCUUUCUUUCUUUUUUGUUUAUUUCUUUCCGUCUUUUCAUCUAUCCUGCUUUUUUGUAUGUAGAUUUGUUUAACAUUCAUUCUUUGAUUCAUUCAUUCCAUUUCUUUCUUUCUUUUUUGUUUCUUUCUUUAUAUAAAUUGGAUAAGCUUUUCUUCUUUUCUUCAUAUUUAAUAAGCUUUCUUUCUAACUUUCUUUCUUUUUAA